AUGACGCGGCAUCCUACUGGCUCGAGGAUGGCGCUGCAAAUUGCGGCACUCGAUGUCGUGCCUGCGCGCUGGCUCCCAGCUUUGCACGGCGAUGGGGCUUGGCGCAAGGAGGAGACAUAUUCAGCCAACUGCAGAACGGCGUCCGCUACUUCGACUUGCGGCUUACUGUGGACAGCGCCGUGGUGGGCUGCAACGAUAUCAGCAACGUCACCGGCGCAUGUUGGAAGGUCCACCAUUGCCUUCUGGGCGUACCCGUCGCCAACGUCACCCAAGAUUUGCGCCGCUUUCUGGAGGAAGACGCACUGGACGCAAACCGACGUGGUGAGCUCGUGCUCCGAUGCCGCGCUGACAACGGCACGACUCGAAGCACUUCGGGCCUUGUUGGAGGAAGAGCUGAUGCCGUUCCUGUAUUCUGAGGAUGCUGCUUGGUGGAUGCAGCCCAUUACCACACUUCAGAGCAGUGGCCGCCGGCUGAUUUUCCUCCUGCAGGUGGACUCGUCUCAGGACUGGCUGAAUGCGCUCACCGCCCAGGGCGUCCGGCACUUCAAAGCUUUCGACAAAUGUGAGACGGAUGAUGGCUUCGGGGCAUGUACCGGCCCUUUUUGGGGAAAGUACUCCUACACCUGCUGCAAACCAUCGAAGCUUAUGCGGAAACAGCGCGCCCGCCAGCAAGUUUACGCCGAGGAAUUCCUGCUCAACCGGUCUUGCGCGGAGGCCCGGCGGUUCAACGCAACCCGGCCCAUGCUGCAGCUGUAUUGGACCAUGACGUUCAAAGUUUCCGGGCGCAUGACAGAUGAGAAUGGAAGUCCAGUCUAUAGCCUGGAAGCAGCCGCCGAGAUUGCCGAUCAGAGCUUGCCGUCUUUCUUCAAGGAGUCGGCUGACACCCCGGUGUUCGCCAACGUUCUGAUGGGCGACAGGCUUGAGUCCUCCAAGACCUUUCUGGAAAUCGCCGUCCGCUCCACGAUGCGAUGCGAGGCACAGGAGCCAGGCCGGCGCAGCGACGACGCAAGCUCAAAGUACAACCACAAGUACUUGGUGAUGAGCAUCAUCUUUGCCUCCACACUGGCGAUCCUAGCCCUGAGCCUCUGUGCGUUGCGCAUGCUGCGUGUUCGAGACGCCGAAUUCCGGCGCCAAUCUCUCGCCGCACGUGCUACGCAGGCCGCUCGGCUUUCGGAGCACGCGCAGAUGGUGCAGCUGUCCGACAGGCGUGCCACGGCACCGGCCCGAACAGUCCAGCGCCCCCUCGGGAGUAUGGCUGCUCCAGUGACGAGGCACAUGUGCUGA